AUGGCGGAUUCAUCAGCACCAGGUAAGAAAGCAGCACGUACAUUUGAUAUUCAAGCAAUGAUGGAUCAAGCACGAAUAGGUGCACAAGAACGAUCAAAUGUUGAUUGGACAAAUGAGAUUGAAAAAGCAAAAGAAGAUAAUGAAUUACGUAUUGCUGAAAUGAAAUUAAAAGCUGAACAAGCAGCUAAACAAAUGUCAACUAAGAAUAGUAGUUCAAAUAAUGAAGACGAUGAUGAUGAUGAUGAUUUUGGUCCAUCAAUUUCUCUUGCUACAACAUCAACUGACAAUAAGGAAGAUACUGAUAGCGACGAAGAAGAUACACGUCCACCAGAAUCAAAUGAUCAAGAUGAUGAUCGAUUAGAUGAUGAUGAACGACCAUUUUUUCCUUUAACACAUGAAAUUGAUCUUAAACAUGGAACAAAAACAGUAUCAUGUUUAACAAUUGAUUCCAAUGGUGAACGUUUAAUAUCAGGUGGUUUUGAUUAUGAACUUAAAAUGUGGGAUUUUCCAAUCAUGAAUAAAAAAUUACAAUAUAGUCGAGCAAUAUCUCCAUGUGAAUCUCAUCAAUUACGUUCAAUUGAAUUCAGUCCUGGAAAUGAUAUGUUACUAAUUGCCAGUGGUAGUUGUCAAGGAAAAGUUAUUACUCGAGAUGGAAAAAAUAUGUAUGAAUGUGUUCGAGGUGAUAUGUAUUUAAUUGACAUGCAAAAAACUAAAGGUCAUGUUAGUACAUUAAAUCGUGCAUGUUGGAAUCCAAAAGAUUUAAAUGAAUUUAUGACUUGUUCUGAUGAUGGUACUGUAAAAAAAACCGCGACAACAACAUGUACAUAUAAUACAUAUCAUACACAUAUUGCACAAAAUGAAUAUUUAAUAACUGCUGGAUGUGAUGAUGGUAGUAUACAAAUAUGGGAUCGUCGUCGACCAUUUGUAAAUGUUACAUUUAUGUCACGACGUGCACAUGAACCAGAAAAUUCUAUAACUUCAUUACGUUGGUCUUAUGAUGGACAACAUUUAGCAUCACGUUCAACUGAUCAUACACUUAAAUUAUGGGAUAUAAGAAAAUUUAAAGAACCACUUUCACAAUAUACAGAUUUACAUAAUCGAUUUUCAAUGACUGACGUAACAUUUUCACCUGAUGAUCGAUUUUUAAUAACUGGUACAUCAACACGAAAGAAAACAGAUGAUAAUAUAGAUAAUGCAGCAAAUUAUGGAGCUAUUUAUUUUUUUAAUCGAAAUAAUCUUGCACAACCAGAAGGACAAAUUCAAGUUAGUGACAAUGCAAGUGUUAUUAAAACAGUAUGGCAUUCAAAAUUAAAUCAAAUUAUGUGUACAACAAGUAAUGGAUUAGUUAAAAUAUUUUAUGAUACAAUACGUUCAAAACAAGGAGCAUUAAUAUUUGCAAAUCGUGAAGAACGACAAAAGAAAGCAAAUGAUUUCUUUAUUAAUAUGAAUAUUAUAAAUCCACAUGCAUUACCAUUAUAUCGACAAGAUAGAAUUAGAAAUUUAUCAGUUAUACGAAUGAAAAAUCGAGAAGAUCCAGUCAAAUCCAAACGUCCAGAUUUACCUAUCAGUGGUGCUGGUUCAGGUGGUCGUAUUGGUGUACAUGGUGGUACAUUAUCAUCAUAUAUUGUUAAGAAUAUCGCGCUACAAAAACCACCAGCACAAAAAGAAGAUUCUCGAGCUGUUUUACUUAGUUAUCAAGAAAAAUGUGAAGCAGAACCAUUUUGGGUUACACCAGCUUAUAAUCAAAAUCAACCAAAACCAAUUUUUCAAGCUUCUACUCAAGAUACACAACGAAAGAAAGAAGAUGAUGAUGAUGAAAUUGCACCACUUUGGAAAAAACAAAAAACAUAA